AGGGUUAUCAACCAAUCAAUAUCCACGAGCAUCUAAAGGCCAACCAUCACCAUCCUUCAAAAAUAAUUAAAGGACGGUAUUAUGAACCCAAUCUAAACUUCCUUUCCUCAGUUUUAAACUUUGGUUGCUUAACACUGAAGCAAUCAUGGUGAACUUUAGGAAAGCGGUGCACUCGUUCCUUGUGCACCUAAUCGGCCUAUUGGUUUGGCAAUGCGAUAUUUCUGUGAGCCCAGUUGCAGCCAUAGUAACUGACAUUUUUAAUGCCUCCGAUGAUGGACGCGUCGGAGUUCCAGGCGGGGUACAAAACUGGCCAGCACUUGCAAUCGUCAUAAUAAUAAUAUUGACGAUAGGUGGCAACAUUCUCGUCAUCAUGGCAGUACGCUUUGAAAAGAAACUGCACAAUGCCACCAAUUACUUCUUAAUGUCCCUAGCCAUUGCUGAUAUGCUAGUGGGACUACUUGUCAUGCCAACUUCUCUGCUGGCAAUCCUUUAUGAUUAUGUCUGGCCACUCCCCAGACCUUUGUGCCCCGUCUGGAUCUCCCUAGAUGUUUUAUUUUCGACAGCGUCCAUCAUGCACCUCUGCGCUAUAUCGCUGGAUCGGUAUGUAGCAAUACGUAAUCCUAUUGAGCAUAGCCGUUUCAAUUCGCGGACUAAGGCCAUCAUGAAGAUUGCUAUCGUUUGGGCAAUUUCUAUAGGUAAAUGACUUUCCUGGCCAUUAGAAUUGCAAGGGCUAUGCUCAAUACCUUCGGAUUAUGUACUGUGA